AUGAAAAAGUAACCACCUCCUUAAACUUAAUAACCAUAAUAAAUACAAUCUAGAAUUAUUCAAAAAGAGGUCUUUUGGGUUUACCAAUCUUAAAAUGUAUAACAAAAUGCUUAUGAAUAAUAUUUGACUCUGAAUUAAAAAGAAAUCUAUAACUUAUAAUAAUAAUAAUCUGUAGGUUUUAUGGAAAACAUACAAUAAGUAUCUAACUCAAUUAAUAAUCAUAUUCAUCCAUGUUUAUAAAAUAAUUCAUAGGAUCAAUUUCUAAGAUUCAAUAGCAUUAAUGUAGAUUGGUUAACUUUGAAACUUAUUCACUUAUUUAUCAAUAAUAGUAAUUUAAUGGCAAUAGAUUUUAGACACAAUAAAUUUACAUCAUAAGAAUUAGAUGUUGUGUAUUAAAUUUUUGCAUUUUAAAGAAUCAUCAAAGCAUUUAUUGAAUAUAAUCCUAAUGUAAAUAUAAUAAAAUUAUCUCCUCUAUACAACUUAGAAUUUAUCUAUUUAAGAGGAAAUGAGAUUGAUAAUAAUACAAUAAUAUAAUUUAUGGGAGGUUUACAUAAUCGACUAAAAGUAUUGGAAUUAGGAGUUAAUAAAAUAAGUCAAGAAGGUAUUGAUGCAAUAGCUGAAUACAUGGGUAAACCUAAUGCAUUAGAAUAUCUUGGAUUAGCAUCGAAUUGCAUAAAGUCAUUUUAAGAUAUAAAACUAUUAGCACAUUCAUUUGGUAAAAAUCGAAUAUCUACAGAAGAAUUUUAAAAGUAAAAAUGAGUGAAUAUAAAAAUAGAAUUUAAGAAUUGGAAUAGCAACGUGAAUUGUAAAUAUAAAAAUUUUAGAAAUAAAAAAAAAAAUAUACUGAAGAGAUGCUAAUAUAAGUGCCUCCUUAUGUAAAAAUUGAAAAUUUUAAUUAUACUCUAUAAAAUCCAUAAUUUAAAUUACUAAACUUAUCAGACAAUUAAUUAGUGGAAUAAGAUAGAGAUUAAAUAGAUAAAUUUUUAAAUAGAUUACUUGAUACCUAAUCAGUAAUUUUGAUGAAUAAUUAAUUCGAACAUUCAACGAAAGCCAAAAUGAGAAAGAAAUAUAAAAAAUGUGUAGUAAUAUGA